AUGUCUCGCUCCACACGUACAUCAACCCAACCAGAGCCUUUGCAGCUGCUCAAGAUUGACGGCACCCUCCGAAACUCCAACAUCCCAGAAGACCAGUUCCACGCCAGCGGCCACUACAACGUUGACUGGGAUGAUGAUGAGGCGAGCUUCAUCCUCGAUAUGCCAUUGUCAGACACAGAGGCGCGCAAAAUGAUCAUGGCUUCCUCCAAGACCACAAUCCACUCACUCAUGGUUUACAGCACCUCGCCCUCCCUCGACCUCGUCAAGAUGCUCCUGCGCCCAGGAGGCCUCAGUCCUACUGUGGACUACCUAGAUAUUAGGGCACCGAUCGCCAGGCAAGAUGUCAAGGUCAUCAUCGACUUUAUCAAGAGCUCGACCUCGAAGGUAUCUGAGCUCAUGAUCAAUCCCAAGCGCUUUCCUCCCAACAGCCCACAAUACCUGGAUUACCCCCACUGGUAUGACCUGUCGGAAGAGGACCGCGUCGAAAUUGCAUCGGCACUUGAACUGCACAACUGCACUCUCAACAAAUUGGAGCUUCAAGGACCUGAGAUCACAGAGGAAGAACUGGAGGAGGAGGAGAAUCGCUUCUCAAACACCUUGGUCACCCACAAUACACGUGGCUGGUUGUACCGCAACGAGAUGAUCCUCCAGCCCUGCAUUCGGUCUGCGGUGUGUCUCGCCCUUCCAGUUGCACGAAUCCUCCUUCGUGGGCGUCCGAAAGACAACCGACCAGUUCUACCCCGCGAGAUCAUGGAACACAUCAUCAAGUUCGCGACUCAAGACGAGUGCGCCCUUACCACGGCUCAGUUUGUCACACUGUUUUCCCAUGCAGCCAGCUCAGAGCGCCUUAUCGAGCAUUGCUCUCGUGAAUUCAGCUUCAAAUCGCCCGAUAAGGACGUGUGGAGAGAGUAUACAUGA